UUGGUUUUUUACCACAUGUGCUGUAGGAGAAAAUAACGAAAUGUCAAAACUAACGCCGAUGGUAGCUGUGGGCCAGGUUAUAAAGCAUAGAAUUUGGCGCGAUAAUAGACUUGUAAAAGUCAGAUUACAAAGGAUGUCACUUGACACAAAUUUACUCAUGUAUUUCCCAAAACAAAAGGACAAGUGGUCAGUAGAUAUUAAAAAUGAAACUAAAGUAGGGGAUAUUGUUGUGAUAAGAAACUUGGACGAAACAUUGGGACUGGAUAUAUACAGCAAGGUUGACAAUAUAUUGUACCAAGUUGGUGCAACAGUGGAUCCAGUCACAGGCCGACCUUGUCGCGGAACCGAGUUCCUUGAUGAGGAUAGAAGGAAAGUGGAACAAUCAAAGAGAAAUGUUGAAGAUCUGAGAGUUAAAAAAACUGUGGAAAAAGCGUCUUGAUAGAGCUUGCAUUCCUUUGGAUCUUGUCAGUGAUAAAAAUGUGUUGGUGAAAAAAAAUUCAAUUUUGAUUUGUGCUUCAAAACAUAUUAUCACCAAGAGGAACUGCUUCUUGUCUAGCUCCAGUCAAGGAUUCUUGCAUUUAGACAACAUUUAAUGACUUCAAAGGGAGUAUAGUUAUAAGCAGAUCAACAGAAUGCCUUUUUGUGGUGUAGAUUUAGUAAAAUUAUGGACAUUAUCUUUAGAACUGUUAAAGAAUUAAAACGAGAAGUAACUUUCUUCUUACUUUGAUGAUAAGAUAGAUAUCUAAUGAUUUUAUUAUAUAAAAUAACUUGUAUAUCUGUUCAUAAAAUUAAUCAUUUGUCUUCAAAAUGAG